GUUUGAGAUGAGCAAGCUCAAGGGCCUCGUGAGUAAGGCGUUUCGAUGCUGCACCCUCACCUCAAUUGAGGCAGACUUGCAUCCGCAGUCAUGGCGGUACGCACCGGGCCAGUUGGCGGGCUGCUGUUCCCGUCACUGCGCAUUCUGCAGAUCUGGGGCGCCAACACUGGCGUCGGCAAGACUGUCGUGUCAACCAUCCUCUGCGUCGCUGCUCGACACAGGCGGCCCAAAGAGGGCGUGCAUUACCUCAAGCCCGUGUCCACCGGCCCCAGAGGCGACUCCGAUUCAGAACACGUCAGUAGGGUGUUUUCGAGGUUCCUCGCCCAACAAGGACCGAAACCAGAAUGGUUCACCAGCAGCACACUUGUCCAGUACAAAGACCCGGUCAGCCCUCACAUCGCCGCAACCAAUUCCGGGCGUCGCAUCAUCUCCGACCAGCACUUGCUGUCUGUCGUCCAUUCUCAUGCCUCUAAGCACGCCAGGCACGCUGCCGCCUACGGACAUGGGUCUCGCACGCUGGACAGCUGGCUCUUUUGCGAGACCGCUGGCGGCGUGCAUUCUCCCGGCCCGUCUGGCACCUCCCAGGCCGACCUGUACCGGCCCUUGAGGCUGCCUGCUAUCCUGGUUGGUGACCACAGACUCGGCGGCAUCUCGGCAACUAUCACAGCAUAUGAGUCCCUCCGCCUGCGAGGCUAUGAUGUCCAGUCUGUUCUUCUGCUUAAGAACGAGCAAUACCAGAAUCAUGAGUACCUCGCAUCCUACUUUCAGGAUCGGGGAAUCCCUUGUGUCGCCGUGCGCCCACCACAUGAGCGUCAUGAGGACGCUCGGAAGGAACAAGGGCUACUGCAUGAUUAUUACAACUCUCAGGGCAGAUCCACUCCCAUCAAGGCCAUGUUAGGCAUUCUGGCAAAGAAUCAUGAGAAGCGUAUUAAAGAACUCGAUAGCAUGGCAGAUGAUGCUCAAAAGAUGAUAUGGUACCCAUUCACCCAACAGAAGCUGCUGACAACCGAUAAGAUCACCGCCAUCGAUUCUGCGUAUGGUGACUACUUCCAGGCCUUUUCCGCCGCCCCUGGGCCUCCCAGAGACAUCGAACCCAGAUUCCCCGGGGAAUCUGAUGCGGAAAAACGCGCGCGCCACCGUGACCUAAACUCGGAGGCCAGAUCGAAGGCCAGAUCGACGCCACUUCUUCGUCCUUCGUUUGAUGGCUCUGCUUCCUGGUGGACUCAAGGUCUCGGCCACGGCAACCCGCAACUGACGCUCGCCGCCGCGUAUGCUGCCGGCCGCUACGGACACGUCAUGUUUGCCGAGGCAAUCCAUGAACCGGCCCUGAAACUCGCAAAGCUCCUGCUCCGCACUCUUGCAAACCCGCGUCUUUCUCGUGUCUUCUACUCCGACAAUGGGUCCACCGGUACCGAGGUGGCUGUCAAGAUGGCCCUCCGCGCAGCCCGGCUACGGUAUGGCUGGGGGCCGAGAGAGGAGUUGAGCAUCCUCGGCCUAAAGGGUAGUUAUCAUGGUGAUACCAUUGGUGCAAUGGACUGCUCUGAGCCCGGGACCUACAACGAGAAGAUCGAGUGGUACAAGGGCAAAGGCUACUGGUUCGAUUUCCCAACGGUCAAGAUGACCAACGGAAAAUGGAAAAUUGACGUGCCGCCCGCAUUCUGGGCUGAAGGGAGUUCAGCAGCCCAGACAGAGUUCCCCGAACUGGGCGGAAUAUUCGACUUGGAAUCACGUUCAGAAACAGAGCUGUACCGUGACUACACCCGCUAUAUCUCCCGCACCCUCCAAGGUCUCCGAGACCAAGGAUUCAAGUUUGGUGCGCUCAUGCUCGAACCAGUCGUGCUGGGAGCCGGGGGCAUGAUCCUGGCCGACCCGCUCUUCCAGCAGGCCCUCGUGGACGUGGUCCGGAGCGACCCCAAGCUCUUCUCCGAAUCUUGCCCCGACCCAGAUCCUGAGGACACCAAAACCUGGAAGGGGCUCCCUGUUGUCUUCGACGAGGUUUUCACUGGUCUUUACCGACUGGGCUGCCCAAGCUCUGCCAAGUUACUCGGCGUGCACCCGGACAUAACGGUACACGCCAAGCUUCUCACGGGGGGGCUAAUCCCUCUUGCUGCUACUGUCGCCUCUGAGUCCAUCUUCCGCUGUUUUGAGAGUGACGACAAGAGCGACGCCCUGCUUCAUGGUCACAGUUACACUGCCCACGCUGUCGGCUGCCAGGUGGCCAUUGAGACUCUGGAAACGAUGAGACGUAUGGAGAUAGACGGCACGUGGGAGAGGUUUGUACAAGAUUGGACGGUUAGCUCCUCGCUUCCCGACGACAUACACGUAAAUGACGGUCUCGAGCCAUUUGUGUGGAGUGUCUGGAGUCGUGACUUCGUGAAGGAGCUGUCUACCAGGGCAGAAGUGGAGGGUCUUUGGGCUGUGGGAAGCGUGCUGGCGAUCCAUGUCAAGGAUUCCGCAGGCUCUGGUUACAAGUCAAACGCCUCUCGUGCCCUGCAGGCUGAGCUCCUGAAAGUCGCCAGGGGCUCCAACGUGCAUUCGAGGGUCCUGGGCAACGUGCUCUACCUGAUGGCAUCACAGACAACGAGUUUCGAAACAGUCAUCGACCUCGAGAACCGGCUGCUGCGUGCCGAGGCACUUGGAGGCUUCCCAGACGAGGAGGAAGUGGAGGAGGAAGAAGUGGACGCGGAAAUAGAUCUCGAGGAAACAGAACCCGACGAGACGUCAGACUGGGAUUCUGAUGUCUCAAACAAAGACACAUUCUGACCUCUAUUAUAUAAUUCGAAUUGAUCUAUUCUGAGCUAA